CUGUGAGUGUGUGUGUUUUCCUGAUAGCGGAUUUGCGCUGUCAUCAUGCCGACGUCCCGGCCCGGUUCCGAGCCGGUGGAGUUCUGGGUGGACGGGUCCAGGCGGGACGGGACGGUGGAGGAGUUCUACACCCUGAGCUCCGAGCUGGGCAGAGGAGCGACGUCCAUAGUGUACCGCUGUGAGGAGAAACAGACCCAGAAACCCUACGCCGUCAAAGUCCUCAAGAAAACGAUCGAUAAGAAGAUUGUUCGCACUGAAAUUGGUGUUCUGCUGCGUCUUUCCCACCCGAACAUUAUCGAGCUGAAGGAGAUCUUCGAGACGGACACCGACAUCGCGCUGGUGCUGGAGCUGGUCACUGGAGGAGAGCUCUUCGACCGGAUCGUGGAGCGUGGCUACUACAGCGAGAGAGACGCGGCUCACGUCAUCAAACAGAUCCUAGAAGCCGUGGCGUAUUUACAUGAGAACGGCGUCGUGCAUCGGGACCUCAAACCAGAGAACCUGCUGUACGCCGACCUGUCGCUGGACGCCCCGCUGAAGAUCGCCGACUUCGGUCUCUCGAAAAUCAUCGACGACCAGGUGACCAUGAAGACCGUGUGUGGCACUCCGGGGUACUGCGCUCCGGAAAUCCUGCGGGGUAACGCGUACGGCCCUGAGGUGGACAUGUGGUCGGUGGGCGUUAUCCUCUACAUCCUACUCUGUGGGUUUGAGCCCUUCUUCGACCCGAGGGGGGAUCAGUACAUGUACAGCCGCAUCCUCAACUGCGACUACGAGUUUGUGUCUCCGUGGUGGGACGAGGUCUCUCUCAACGCCAAGGAUCUGGUCAGUAAGCUGAUAGUCCUGGACCCUCAUAAGCGCCUUAGUGUUCGGGAGGCUCUGCUGCACCCCUGGGUGCUGGGUAAGGCUGCCCGGUUCUCCCAUAUGGACACCACCCAGAGGAAGCUGCAGGAGUUCAACGCUCGACGCAAACUCAAGGCUGCCAUGAAGGCCGUGGUGGCCACCAGUCGCAUGCACGAGGGCUCGCGGCGCCGCACCGAUAGCUGUGACAUCCCGGGAUCGGGGACUUCCCGGCAGAGCAGCAUGCAGCAGGAUCCUCCCCCCGAGUCCACCAGCCCCGCCCGCUCAGACAAACAGGCCUCGCCCACAAGCACACAGCUGGUGCCGGAGGCCGCCGAGUCGAAGCCCGCCGACCAGAGCGCCGUCGGCCAGUCGCCUCCACGCAGCCCCAAACCCCCCAGCUGCGAGGUCUCGCCCACCGGCCCCGCCCCCGUCAGACCACCGCUGCGUGCCGACGGGCUGCGACAGGCAUCCGUCAUCCCCAAGACCAUGUUGGUCCAACCUCGGCUGCCACAGAAGAGCUGCUCUGUCAUCGAGCCCGCCCCCAGGGCGGAGCCGGCGCUGGCCACGCCUCCGAGCCCCAACAACCUCACCAACGGCUUCCUGCCGGGGGUGGAGCCUGCCAGCAAGACCAACAACUGCCAAUGAUCAGGAUGACAGCGCUCCA